AUGGGUUCCAAAAAGAAGCGUGCUGAGAAAAAGAAGGACUUUCAAAAGACAAAGCUCCGGGUGGGUAAGACCGCUGCUCGUCCCGACAACUAUACUGAUACCUCUUUUACUGCAAAGUCAAUUUCGCUACCUAAUCAAACUAUCGCAAAACCGAAACAAGGUGCUACUACCAACAAUGGUGGCGACGUAGACCUUGCUCAUCAUCUUCAGCUUGUUAAGCAUCAUUCUGCAUCUACACGGAAGGAAGUCCUUGCCUUUAUUGAAGCACAUUUACCAUCUAACUCUGCAUCAUACAAACAGAUCCUCACAGUUACACUCUCCCUUUUAACAGAUCAAUCUGAAUCUGUGCGGUCUGCUUUUGUGUCUCUUCUAUCCGCAUGUGCUGAUCGCCAGCCCGGCUUCUUGCAGUUGCACAUGAGAUCAAUUGUGCUAUUUGUUCAUUCUGCAAUGUCUCACAUUAGAGGCGACGUGCGGGCCACUUCGACGCAGGCGCUCGACAUCUUGAUAACAAAAGCUGCAUCAUCUUUGGUGUCUGGAUUUUUGGUGAAGACGCUUCGCAGUUUCUUUUCCCUUCUAUCCUGGACCCUUUCAGACGACAAAAAGGCUGUAUCUUUGGCUGUCAACACGACGGCUUCGUUGGGAGGAGUCACAAAGAAAACCCGUGCUCGUCAUUUGGCUGUCUUGGCUCGACUUUUACAAGCGACUCUCUUUGUAGAUGACUCGGAGAAAAGUGGAACUGACUGGACAAGAUGCUCUGUGGUUCAUCCACAGACUCCACAAUUUAUGAUUCCUCAAAAUCCUCAGGCUUUUGCGCAGCUCAAGUUGUUCGUUGAAGAACUUCCGUCGCAAAGGGCCUCUUCGGGUGCUUCAGGAAAUGGAACCUACACUCUUUCUGACGUUGACGCAGUUUCCACUGAGGAUAUCGAGACAAGACGUAAAGUGAUCGAGGAUGUGUUUUUAUCGCCGCUUCGCAAGAAUCUAGUUGCAACUUCUAAGGAUGGAGGAGAGGUAGGUGCGGAGGCUUCAAAGUGUCUUCAGAUCCUCGACAAAUUCGAAGGAGAACUCAAGGCGCAACGUGCUGAGGAAUAG